CCUCCGCCUCUUUGUCUUUUUUAGUAGACGCACAGGAGUCUCUCUAAAUAUCGAACAUAAGUUGAAAUUAUGCAAAUGUAAGAGGGAUAUUCUGGGAGCAGUCAAGAGGAUUUUCACAAAGUCAGCAAUCUAAAUGUCCUGCUGAAAAAGUCUGGAGCCAUGGAGUCUCCAGAAUUUUCCCUGUUGUCAUCCUUGAGAGGUGAAUUCAAAUCAGAGGAUUUCAUUCAGCCUCACUAUAAGGAGUCAUAUCGCUUGGCACUCGAUCGCCUGGUGAGCGGUGGCAGAGACGGUUACCUGGAGUUCCUUAAAGGAGAACGGAUCGGGAGCUUUCUUUCUGAGGAUGAGCUGCACUUCAUCAGUCAAAACGUGCAACACCUCCCACCUCAAACCCACACAGAGGAAAUCAAUGCUCCAUCAGAAACCCAAUCAUCCUCCGGGACGUACUGGCCCAUCCACUCAGAUGUGGACACCCCAGAUUUGGACUUAGGGUGGCCGGAGGUCUUGCAUGAAAUGCUGCAGACCAAUAUAGAUCUGUUGUUUCAUCCCCCGAGACAAAACAGCCCAACAAUCAAAGAAGUGAUCCGGAAGCAUAUUCAAGAUGCAAGACAGGUCAUUGCCAUUGUGAUGGACAGAUUCACCGAUGUGGAUAUAUUCAAAGAAAUUGUCGAUGCUUCUAUACGAGGAGUCCCCGUCUAUGUUCUUUUGGAUGACUACCAUUUGAAAAGUUUCCUGACGAUGGCAGAAAAUCAAGAUGUAAAAUUUCAACAGCUCAGAAACAUGAGGGUGCGCACCGUGAAAGGUCAGGAUUACCGCUGUCGGUCAGGAGCUAAAUUUCAUGGAGCAAUGGAGCAGAAGUUUCUUUUAGCUGACUGUCACACAGCAAUUUAUGGCUCAUACAGUUUCACUUGGUCCUUUGAGAAGAUCAAUCUGAGCAUGGUUCAGCUCAUCACAGGCCAUCUCGUGAAGUCCUAUGACGAGGAGUUUCGUACCCUCUACGCCCGAUCGACUGUGCCACCCGAACUGUGUCCUCCGGAGGGUCUGCUUCAACCACAUGGGCCACAGAUUUUACCAAAAUCUCAUUCGGCCCCAAAACUUGUGCGGAGGGAUAAGUUGAGGCACAGUCUGGACACAGUCUAUCGGAAGACUUGUGAGAGGAACCUUAUGCCGAGGGAUUAUGAAGAGAGGCUGUUUGAAGAGGAAGAGAACACACAUAGGCCCUUGAUGGAAAAUGGCUUUGGUGUUCAUGAAUUUCAAUCUGUGGAGGAAAUGAACUUCUUGAAAAGACACAGCUAUGCUGGGGAGAGACAAGAUGGAUACAUCCCACAGAACACCAGGGCCAGAGGAAGCAACUGGAAUAUCUCUAGAGAUCCAGGAAAUGUAACAACCAACUACGCUAUGGACAAUUAUUUACAAGUGCCACAGAUGUACAGAGGUCAAAACUUCCGUCAGUCUUACAACGGAAGUGACAAACAAGUUCUAUCCAUGCAACAGAACUUGCCAACAUUGGAGAAAUCGUCCAAGUCCUUUAUGCGUACAUGGAGGAUUGAGUCAUACCUUAACAAUCCUGAUGUCCCAUUUGGGGACUCCAGUGAUUAUUUAGACCAGUUUGAACCAGGGGAACACGCUAACUUCAUGCAGGGAAGGAUGAGGUCCUCUCUUGCACUCAGGCCAACACCAGAACAACUGGAGCCAAACAGAUAUGUAAACACUUCUACUAGUGUUGGCCCCUAUGCAGCUCACAAUAAUGCUUUGCAUUACUCAUCCAUGCAAUGGAAUCCAACAGGAGCAGUUGACAAUAGACUAAAAAAUGAAGCACUUAUGUUUCAGAGACAAAGUGUGCUGCUUUCAAAUGAUUUCCCCAACAAUGCAGGCUAUGAUGCAGGUAGAAACUCUUACCAUUCAUAUGCCAACCUAGGCCAAGCUAGAGGCGGACAGAUAAUCACAAACCCUAAUAUUCUCAGUGACAGUUGGGGCAAAAGGCAUAGUGUGGCAGAUCCAAGAUCAAGCACACACGAAUCAUCAAAUCACAUGUAUGGUGCUUUUGCAAGGAUGCAAGUAGACCAAAGCAAUGCGGGGAUGAAUGCACAGAGCGCAGGGCAUGGGUCAAAUCUGACUGAAGAUCAGAGAUCUAUCUCCCAUCAUGAUGUCAAGAGCAUGACAAGCACAAAAAGUCCCAGUGGUAACAUUUGGCAUGAGCCACUGGCCAGGACUAUGUCUGCAGCAAUCCUGGAUGUGAAAAGCAAGGAUUUGACAGAUAAAUCUAACCGCACGGGCUCUUCCCCGUUACUGAAAAUGAGCUCUAAGAAAACCACGUCUUUGCUGAAAAUACCAGAGAAAAAAGAGGAUUCUGUUAGGAACACAAAAACACCAAGUCUCACGUCGGCGGACAGCUCGGACACCAUAACUGCUGAGGAUGAGGAGAAAACGUCAGUUGUAGAACAAAGACACCCACAAAAGACAAGCAUUCCUGUCAGGUCCCAGUCUGAGCACCAGAGGAACAAGGUGGAGGAUCUAAAAUCAUCUAAACCACAAUUCCAAACUGAGGAACAGCAACAGACUCUGCAGAGCUCUUUCCCCAAAACCACCACACAGAAGAAACCCAGCGUUCUUGACAAAAACGUGAGACCUGGAUUUAACGCAGGCAGCUGGAGCAAAGAGCGAGGAGCUGAGAAUCGCCUGUACAGCCGAUUUGAGCCUUUCUGCUCCUUUGAAAAGAAAGUCCCUUCAAACAGCUUCAGAAACAAACACUCUCAGGAGAAAUCCAAAAGCCUUCCUAAAAGCGAGGUGGCUAUUGAGCACAACAUCACCCGGGCUGCCAGAGGGCACCAUGAAAAUAAGCUGGAGAAAUUCUUUCAAAGAAUGGGAAAUCUUAUACACAAGAACAAGUAGUGACAAGUGCUUUAGCAUUACACGUAAUCAACACAGGUCACUUAUUACUAAUGCACAUGUGAUGGAUAAUGUUUAUGUAGCUUUGCACUUUGCUGUGUUUACUUAAGAAUGUGUUUUAGCAGAGUUUACAUUUUAAGCUCUGUUUAUCAGGUGCACUGAUGAUUAUCACUGAAUGGCAAGUUAUUUAAAAUGUCACUGAAUUCUCAGUGAUAAUAUUAAUUGUGUAAUUUUGAAAUGCGAUUGUCAAGCUGCCUUUAUGUCUGUCUUCUACUGGUGUAAAACUCCCCCCAACAAAUUCACUGCAAGAAAGCUGUUGGGGAUGCAUUAUCUUGUUGUUUCAAAAUAUCACAGAUAUAAAAAAUGUAUUGCUGCAAGUGUAGCUGUAUACACAUACCAGUGUGCUGUUACUACUAUCAAAGGAUCAAAAACCGCUGUAAAUGUUGUAUUUUUAAUCAUAUUUUCAGAAAAAUGAAGACUUUCUUUAUUUUGGUUUUGCCUUUAACAGAUGUACUUCAUGAGUUUGUUUUAUUUAAUGGGUUUUGUAGCUUAAGGCAAAAGUCGAUGCUCCAUACUUGACUCAAGGUGCAAGCCUGUCUCUAGGCAAUGUGUUUCUACAUCACUAAAUUGAUUUCUUAAUUAGAUUGUGAUGACAAACUCUGGCUGUGCUCUAUACUAUGAGUGGUUGGGGUUGGUGGGGAGCAUACAACGAGUGUUACUGUG